CGCACACUUGUGUCUAUCAGAGCAAUAACAUCAGCGAGCAAACACGGAAACAGAACGAACCCUUCCCCGAAUAAUUACCACAAUAAAACUAAAAAUAUCGCAGUUAAAUCUCCACCCGAUCCUAAUGAAGGAGCUUCGACCUGACUGACUAGGAGAUGGGAAUACAAAACAUAACAGACCAGACUCCACUGGUCCAGGCUAUAUUUAGCCGAAAUGCAGAAGAAGUGAAGUUUUUGUUGCACAAGAAUGAAGAAGUCAAUGCACUGGACCAAGAACGCCGUACCCCCUUACAUGCUGCUGCGUGUUUGGGCGAUGUUCACAUUAUGGACCUCCUCAUUAAUUCAGGUGCUAGUAUUAACGCUAAGGACCAAGGCUGGCUGACUCCCCUGCAUCGGGCAGCUGCCUCACAGAACGAAAAGGCCGUGGGGCUGCUGCUGAGACAGGAUGCGGAGGUCAAUGCCCGGGAUAAAUUCUGGCAGACGCCGUUGCACGUGGCUGCGGCCAACCGGGCCACACGCUGCGCUGAGGCCCUCAUCCCCAAGCUGAGCAGCCUGAAUGUGGCGGACCGCUCCGGCAGGACGGCCCUGCACCACGCUGCACACAGCGGCCACGUGGAGAUGGUGAAUUUGCUCCUCAACAAAGGGGCCAACCUGAGUGCCAGUGAUAAGAAGGAGAGGCAGCCAAUCCACUGGGCCGCAUACCUCGGGCAUCUGCAGAUCGUGAAGCUACUGGUGUCGCGGAGUGCGGACGCCAUGUGCAGGGACAAGCGCGGUUAUACCCCACUCCACGCCGCCGCUGCCAGCGGCCAGAUUGAGGUGGUCAAGUACCUGCUGCGGCUGGGGUCAGAGAUUGAUGAGCCUAAUGCCUUUGGGAACACAGCGCUCCACAUGGCGUGCUACACGGGCCAGGAGGCGGUGGCCAACGAGCUGGUGAACCGCGGCGCCAACGUCAACCAGCCCAACCACCACGGCGGCACGCCGCUGCACCUGGCCGCUGUCUCCACCAACGGGGCGCUCUGCCUCGAGCUGCUAGUCAACAACGGUGCUGAUGUCAACAUGCAGAGUAAAGAAGGGAAGAGCCCUUUGCAUAUGGCCGCUAUUCACGGGCGCUUCACCCGCUCCCAGAUCCUUAUCCAAAACGGUGGGGAUAUCGACUGUGUAGAUAAAUACGGCAAUACUCCUCUUCACGUUGCUGCUAAGCACGGCCACGAGCUGCUGAUCAGCACCCUGAUGACUAACGGUGCUGACACAGCCAGGCAAGGGAUUCAUGGGAUGUUUUCGUUGCAUUUGGCUGUGCUCUACGGGUUUUCAGACUGUUGUCGCAAGUUACUCUCCUCAGGUCAGCUGUACAGCAUCGUAUCAUCUCUAAGCAACGAGCAUGUGCUGUCAGCCGGUUUUGACAUAAACACCCCAGACAGCCUGGGUAGGACCUGCCUGCAUGCUGCCGCCUCUGGAGGAAACGUUGAAUGUCUUAACUUGCUGUUGAGCAGUGGUGCCGACUUGAGUAAAAAGGACAAACUGGGAAGAGCUCCUUUGCACUACGCAGCUGCGAAUGGGAGCUACCAGUGCACGGUUGCCCUGGUGAGUGCUGGUGCCGAGGUGAAUGAGCUGGACCAGAAAGGCUGCAGCCCCCUGCACUACGGCGCCGCAUCGCAGACCUUCCGCCGAGUGGACAGACAUUACUCAGUCGGACACCAGAGUGAGGAGAGGGCCAAGGAGUCCUUUUUCUGUUUAGAGUAUCUGCUGGAUAACGGGGCUGACCCGGCUCUGAGGAACACCAAGGGUUACAGCGCAGUCCACUAUGCAGCAGCCCACGGAAACAAGCAGAACCUGGAGCUGCUCUUGGAGAUGUCGUUCAACUGUCUGGGAGACGUGGAGAGCAGUGUUCCAGUUAGCCCUUUGCACUUAGCCGCGUAUAACGGUCACUUUGAGGCGUUGGGGGUGCUGUCUGAGACGCUGGUGAGUCUGGACGUUCGGGAUGCGGGGGGGCGCACCGCCCUCUACUUGGCGGCCCAGAAGGGACACGCUCAGUGCGUGGAGGUACUGCUGUCCCACGGGGCCUCCUGCCACCUCAAGGAGCGCCACCAGAAGUGGACCCCACUCCACGUCGCAGCUUCCAACGGCCAAACAGACUGUCUGCUCAUGCUGGUCAACCGAGGGGAGAAGGCUGACAUCAUCGACAUUGCCGACGUACAGGGACAGACGGCUCUGAUGCUGGCAGCUCUUGGCAGUCACACUGACUGUGUCCACAUCCUGCUGGAGAAGGGAGCCGGGGCCAACGCCGCCGACAAGCGAGGCCGCACUGCCCUACACAGAGCUGCGGUGAUGGGCUGUGAGGACUGUGUGUCGGCCCUGCUGGAGCAUGGUGCUUCGGCUCUGUGCAGGGAUUUCCGGGGGCGCACCCCCCUGCACCUGGCCGCCUCCUGCGGCCACAUGGAGCUCCUGCGCAGCCUGCUGCAGGGCGCCACACACACCGACCCCCUCGACUCAAUGCUGGACUAUAGCGGAUACACCCCCGCCCACUGGGCCGCCUACCACGGGCACGAGGACUGUUUGGACGUUUUACUUGAACACAAACCAUUUAGUAUCCAGGAAGGAAACCCCUUCACCCCAUUGCACUGUGCUCUAAUUAAUGGCCAUGAUGGUGCUGCUGAACUACUGGUAGAGACCUUCGGAACUCAGAUGGUAAACAUCAGAGACGCCAAAGGAAGGACCCCGUUGCAUGCAGCUGCCUAUUCAGAGAGUGUGGGCGGGCUGCAGCUGGCCCUGGUCCAGGGGGCAGAGGUCAAUGCCGUGGACACCACAGGACGCUCUGCCCUGAUGGUUGCCGCCGACAACGGACGGACCGCAGCCGUCGAGAUCCUGCUGCACCAGGCCAAGGCAGACCUGACCCUGCUGGAUGUCAACGACAACACCGCCCUUCACCUGGCCUGCAGCAAGGCUCAUGAGAUGUGUGCCCUGUUAAUCCUGGGAGAGAUCAGCGACCCCUCACUCAUCAAUGCAACAAACAGUGCACUGCAAAUGCCCCUUCAUAUCGCAGCGAGGAACGGUCUGGCUACAGUGGUGCAGGUGCUCCUCAGCCGGGGGGCAGCUGUGAUGGCUAUAGAUGAGGAGGGCCACACCCCGGCCCUGGCCUGUGCCCCUAACAAAGACGUGGCGGACUGCCUGGCCCUUAUCCUCUCCACCAUGAAGCCUUUCCCUCCCAAAGACGCCAGCGCCGCCAACUCCUUUGGCCUCAACCUGCUGAAGCACUGUGGCAUCGCCGUCGCCUGCGGGCCCCUUCCCAACGGCACCCUGCACCACGCCUACGCCAAGGACCGCCACGGCACCAUCGGCCUGGACGGCUGCUUCACCGAGUGAAACGAACUCCCCAACCUGCUCCCCCCCCCCUAACACACACAACAAGAGCAGGAAUAUACUUCGAUGUACGUGUGUGUGUGUAAGUGCGUGUGUGUUUGGAUGCGUGUCUGUAUAUGUGUGCGUGCGUGCGUGCGUCUGUCUGUGUGUUUGUUUAAACAAAAACUAAAUCCCUUAUGGGUGCAGUCAAACCUAUAUGCAAUUAUUUGCCUCUCUCCUCUGUGGCAUAUCGUCUGUCUGUGUGUCUGUCUGUCGUCACUAGCCUGGCCUUAGGUCAGACACCAUCUGUCCAGUGUCCAGGACAGAGCACGUCACUGAGUCCCUCUGAAUCGUACCGGCAGAGAUACUGUAUCAUCAUGAAGUUAUCACGGUUUUGUUGAAUUAACAGAUUCACAAGCAUGUGUGACAAGCUACAGAUAGUCUAAAUUAAUUCUGAAUGCAAUUUAAAUUAUUGUGAAUUUUUGAAAUUGCACUUCAAUUUACCUCGCAAAUCCCAGUGAAAGCGAUGACCUAGUAGGAGAACGGUGCCUCGACAACUUCUACUCUGACUUAAACUGGUGCAAUAUGCAGCAUGUGUGGGUAUUUCCAGUGCUGUGCCUCUCUCCGAAGACUAGAAUAAAACUGAAGUAGUAGAGCGAGAGAAAGAGGGAGAGAGUGAUAGACAGUGGCUGGGUUUGACUAUACAGUUAAGGGUCUGGGUGAGUUGAGAGCUCUGCAGAGAAGCCCAUGGAUUUGAAAACAAGCGGUGACAAGCUGGUGUUGACACACCUAGAAGUCUGACAACAAGCACUUCCCACUGGCUAAGGCCAUCUGAGUGACAUCAUCAACAUUCACCAGGUCCAGUCAAUGGGUUUUUCUGCAUUAGCCCCCUCUCACUGAGUCCAUACUCAAAGGGAGUAGUUGUGGGUCUUGCCUGAACCCCACUCCUGCUUGUCACUGUCGUAGAAUACUUUGGCACCUUAAAUAAGGUGUUUCUAAGACGUUUAUGGAUAUUUAACAAUGUUGUGCCUAUGGAAUACUGAGAGACGACCCCAACCCCUCAACCUCACCUAGUUUAUGCCUUCUGAUCCCCCACCUUAUCCCUGAUUAUUUGAGAUUUAAAAAGAGAACAAUGCUAGUGGGACAUUUAAAGGAUGAAAUUUAGAUUUGAAGAGAAAUGGGUUUAGCACACAUACUGAACGCGGCAUAAGCUUUUUUUUUUUGCUGUCGUAUAAACACUUGUUUACAUAAUGUAAACAGUCGUCGGAUUUACUUGUGAAUCGACAGUCAAAUAUGUUUGCACAACAGGGCCAUGCCUCCAGUAGGAAAAUAAAGAGCGAACAGUGGCUUGGCAUUUUUCCUAUUUUGUUGCCUUACAACCUGGAAUUAAAAUGGAUUUUUGGGGGGUUUGUAUCAUUUG